AUGGAAUGUGCCGAGGAGGGGAUAUGCUUGGAUGGGUUGUGUCAGCAAUGCCGCGGCCUAACUGGCGGUCUCCAAAUUAUGCUCUCCAACAGUAUGGCCGGAACAUUGGCCGGAGAUGCUUGUCUUUGCUGCAAACGUCAUGUCACUAACAUCAAGUCCGCAGUGGUUUGCGUGGGAUGCAAAAAAUUCACGCACUUCGAGUGUGACCCGAUGGGGAUGCUCUCGCCAAAAGACUACAAAUGCAAGGGAUGCUCGAAAUAUCCUUUGGUAGCCGAUCGUCUGCUCUCCUCAUCAUCCAACGAACCGACCAGCCCAUUCGUCACCACACCCCAGCAACCGUCAAUGCCGGAGAAUCGACUUGCUGAAGAAUUCACGGCGGCCGUCACUUCGCAUCAAGACCUUCAGCGAGUACCCGAAGAUUUGUAUCAACUUCCGGCGCCCGUUUCGAGGAAUCAGACGCAAAGUGAGCCGAAUCCUGAUCACCCCGGCCCCUCGCCAAGCGCCGAAUCGGAAAGCGCCCGAGCUUCGCCCUUCUUCCAGCCGAGCGACGACGAGGAGGAGUUCAAACCGCCUGGCUCACGUACCUAUCAACCACGAGGUCGUGGCCGUGGCAGAGGAAGUAGAGGAAAGAAACCGGGAAGUAGAGGAGGAGGAACUGCGGGAUUGUCGACUAUCGACUUAAUGAAGACGCGCACCGGAGGACAGCCACCCAGUGGAAUUUAUGGAGAUAAACUUGGACAGGGAACGCGCGGAAAGCGCGGAAAGGGCAGCCGAGGCUCCUAUGGCGCCCGCGGAAGUAAGGGCAAAGGAACCCGAGGAAGAAGAGGAAGAGGCCAAUUAGCAGCGGGUGCCCUCUCUGGGAAUGUGAUGCAACAUCUCACCGGCAUGAGCUUCACCGCUACUCGCGAAGUUGAUGAGCAACUGCUCGAAGAGUUCGAAGAAAAGCAAGAGACUACGAUGGAAUACGUCCGUACGGCGCUGGUGUGCCCAGUGAACGACGAAUUCCUGAGCAAGGCUAUCAUUUGUUUGAUCUGUGGAAGUACGGGAAAGGGAGAAGAAGCUUCAUUUAUCUGCUGCGCCAAUUGCGCCCAGGCCUACCAUACCUACUGCGUUGGUGUCCAUGAGAAGAUUCGCGAAACACACGUGAAUCGCGGAUGGCGCUGCCUGGAUUGCUCGAUUUGUGAGGGAUGUGGUGAUGGGAAGGAUGAGAGCAAGCUGUUGCUCUGUGACGAGUGCGAUACUUCUUACCAUAUUUACUGUCUGGAUCCGCCGCUUCAGAAAAUCCCCGACGGCCCAUGGCGCUGCAAGUACUGCUCGAAGUGCAGGAGAUGUAAUCUGCCCGUGCAGACAAUGUCGGAGCUGACGAAGGAGGGACUGUGCCAUGCUUGUUCCUCCUUGAGGAAGUGUACCAGAUGCAAGAAGUUAUACCAGCUGAAUGAGCCUCUAAUCCACUGUGACAAUUGCAAUCGAUGGUUCCACGGUCGUUGCGAGGGCUUAUUCUCCACAGAAGACCUCGACAACGCAGUCACGAAUCGCAUGAAAUGUAUAGACUGUCGGCCAAUGUCUCGAUACUACGGCCAAUCAUACGGUGCCCAGGGCCAGCAAAUGCUCGUCGUCGAUAAUGUCAUAUUGCAUCGAGAAGCCGAAGAAAUCCUGAAGUCCCCGUUUGUACCCCCGCAAUUCCGGCCGGAUCAUACGCCGGGGCCCGCGCAGAGGAGCGGAUCGUUUGAUUUCUGGAGCAACGUAGACGACGACUACCACGAGGAGGUUGAGGUCGAAGAACCCCGGCUGAACGAGUAUACCGUAACCGGACAACCACUGAAGGCCGAGAGCGGAAUGCUGAGCGCCGAACAGACGCUGCAGUUGCAGCACAACAUUGAUGAAGAAGGCGUCCUCGAAAACUUCAACUUCGACAGCGUCGACGAUUUGGAGGAGGAUUUCGACUUUGACCUGUUGUUGGAAGAAUUUGAUCAGGAAGAAGAUACACAGACAGAAGAUGGAAUUGCCGAGGAUCUGAAGGACGCGUUCGAUUUAGUGAAGACCGAGAUCAAGAGCGAGACGGCCAGCCAGCCUGGACCAUCCACUUCUUCGGCAUCUGCCCCAGAUCCCAGUCAGCAGCCGUUGGGCCCUACCACCUUCGCCCGGUCCCUAAAUCCCGCCCUCAGCCGCUCCUCCUCCCAGCUCGAGAUGUCGGAACGAAUCCAGAAUGCGGCUACAGAGAGGUGGGAAGAGGAUGAACCGCUCGGGGAUAAGGCUACCAAAGCUGCCGUUCUGUAUGUCAACAUCAACUUCCCGAAUCUGAAGGCCAAGUAUCCAGAGUGGAAUGAUCGCGUCAAGUAUAUACAAAAACAAUGGCGAAUCCUGAGUAGCGAGGAGCGCAAAAAAUACGUCGAGAUGGCCAGGGAAAAUAGGCAGCAGCGCGGAAAGGUACCCCGCCAGAAGCGCGUGCAAUCCACAAAUUCGACAAAUUCGACCUCGCUGGAUAGUCCGACCCUUUCCACCCCUCCAUUGGGCCACGGUUUCCCACCUCAAGCCCUCGGACCUCAAGGCUUCCACCCAAUGGCCCCAGGCCAAAUGAUGCCGGAAGGAAUGGCUCCGCCCCCUGGCCCUCCAGUCCACCAUCCACGACCUCCCGUAUCUGGAGAAGUCGUGAGAGCUUAUGCCAUGCUACGUGAUCUGGUGUAUCGUCAUGACGUCCAAAAGCACAGAAUUGGAGAGGAAUUGGCCAAUCUGGAACGUCAUCGGGAAGCCAUUGUCAAUAAGCGGGAGGAGCUGAUCGAGAUCCCGAUGCCGCAGAGACUUUCGAGUUUACCGGAAGAAGAGAGGGCACAGUAUGAACAGUUUGGGGAACGAAUCACUACCGUACAGCAAGACAAGGAAAAAGUGGAAGAAGAGCUUCAGAAGUCGAUCGGACAGCUAAAUGAAUUGGUGCAGAAGAGCGGAAUACCAAGGGAAAUCCUGAACCAAUAUGCCCAAGGGUCGGCACUGCAGGAGAAGCUGAUGGCUGGAAGACAGCGUCUGCUCGAAAACCCCUCUACCGGCUCGGGCAUGGGCCCGCCGGGUAUGAUGAUUCCGGGAAGACCUGGACUUGUCCCCGGAGUCCCCCAUCAACCACUACCUCAUUUCCCGAACGCCGCUGCUGAUCUCGAGCCACCCAAGCCGAAGAAGAAGCGCACCGGCAUCAAGAAAACGGGCUCCGUCGCCGGCAACAAUGAGUACGACUUGAUGCUCAAGCGAAUUGGUGCUCAUCUCCAGCACCAAGCCUUCCCAAGGCGGGCACUCGAAAGUGUACAGAGUCGCGGCAUGGGCCACCUGAUCGAGCCGGGACUUACGGAACUUCCGGAAAGACUGAAGGGCUCGGAGUCUUCGCUGGAGCAUAUCCGAAACCCGGCCAAGACCCCAGAUCCGCAUCCUUUGGAAGGAGAGAUCUUCGCCGAGACCAAGUUCCCGUUCACUGAUGAUAUCUUCGUGGCGGGGCCGCCAGGAUAUUAUCCACCGGCUAAUAGCAGUUUGGUGAUGGCUGCUGAUGUGGAGGCGUUACUUGCCAGCGACGCCACCCCGUGUGAGAUCAUCUACGACGAGGUCGACCUGGCCGAUGGGGUCAGUCGAUGGCAACCCAUGAAGAUUCUGACACGAGCGAAAGCCGUCCCAAGAGAAGAAGAUAGUGAUGAGGACGAGAUUGAGGUCCAAGUCGAUGUGAAUGAGGCCGAACUUAUGAAGUGGUACUCCACGGUGAAGAGCGAGGUCCCGAAGGAGGCCCACCAGCUGCUGUUCGACAAGUUGGCCGAGUUGUUGACGAAUGGGAAGAAGAUUGAAUAUACCAUGGAUACACCUCCGGAGUCGCCUAUUGAAUCCGGCUUCAACCUGGCCACCGUCAAGCAAGAACCAAUUGCCCGAUGCGGAUUUUGCGAUAAAUCUAUGGAGGAUUCUUCACCUCGUUCCAACGAGCCCGACGAGUUCUGCACGUACCAGUGCCUCUACCGGAACGCCGACGCCAAGAAGCCAAUCCGUGUCUCCGAGCUGCCCACUCCCCAAGUGCCCGACAGUCCAUCGGAGCGUCGUGGAGCCCAGCAAGAUGGUCGGGGUUGGUCUCCAUUUACGGCACAAGUCCGUGAGACGUUCCUCAAGAUUGCCCAGCACCGGAAGGAACUGGCGCGCUACGUUCCGAAAAUGGGCAUCAUUAACUCGCAUAUACCCUACGAUCGGGACCAGCGACAAUGCCAAUUCUGUGGACAGAUCGGGGAUGCUGAACCGACGUAUCAGGGCCGUCUCCUGAACGUCGAUUGCGGCGUCUGGGUCCACGUUAACUGUGCCCUAUGGAGUGCCGAGGUCUUCGAAUCCCCUCAAACUGGCUCACUCUCCCAUGUCCAAAAAGCGAUCGAACGAUCACGACAAGUCCGUUGCGAGAAAUGUGCGCACCCUGGGGCUUCUCUCGUUUGUCACAAAGCUGAGUGCCAAUCCACCUAUCAUCUCGCAUGCGCCAGGAGUAUGCCGGGCAGCAAGUUCCUGAAAGAUCGGUCAUUCAUCUGCCACCGUCAUCAAGAAGUCACAAACGACGUGCUGGUCACCACGUACGAGUCGUUGAGAAGGCUCUAUGUGGACAGGGACGAGAACCUGCUGCUGGCCAAGUUAUAUGAUGGAGAUGUUGAUGCUCCAAAGAUGGUGCUCAAGAUUGGGGCGUUGACGUUGCACUCCAUUGGACAGUUGUUGCCCGAGCAGCUCAAGGCAUUCCACAACACGGAGUACAUCUACCCUGUUGGCUACCACGCGAGUCGUCUCUUCUACUUCCCGCCCACCUCCCAGGACUUUAGCUCUGUCCUCUACCGUAUCGAGUACACCUGCGAGAUCAAGGAGAAAGAGAAGAAGCCGAACUUCGAGGUCCGACUCUGCUAUACGUCGCAACACAAUCAACUCGUCGAGCAAACCAUCGGAACUGGAGCAACAGCCUUCGAUGCUUGGCUCCCCGCGCUCAAGCUCGUGAAAAUAGCUCGAGACAGGAUGAGUUCGGGCGAGGUUUUGGGCCACGGGAGGAUUGCUCAAUAUUUGAAGUUUUCCCCAUUGGCCCUAUCAGGCGAGACGUUAUUUGGAUUGGAAGGAAUCGGCUAUUUCAAGAUUUACGAGAGCUUGCCUGGGGUGGAUAGUCUGUAUACGUAUACCUUUCGCCAUGGAGGGGCACCUAUCCUCGAGCUCCCGCUAGCUGAGAAUCCAUCCGGAUGCGCGAGGACGGAGCCCCAUUUUCGGACACUCAUCAAGAAACAUAGGAGUAAACCAAUGCCCCUGACUUCGACGGAGACUAGGGAUCAGCCAGGAACCUCCGCCGGAACGUCACGUAGCGGUCGUGCUCGGUGCUCAGCCCGCGGAGCCGGAACCUACGACUCUGAGCUGCAAGCGGCCGAGAUGCAGAGAAUCUGGACGGCAAGUGGAAUCAGCGCCGAAUGGGUGGCCGCGAUGAAAUUCGGAAUGGGCGAGCCGACGAGCAAUGCGGCCAUUUUCUCGGCUUACCAGACGAUGAAGAAGGAAUGGAAGAACACCGUGUAUUUGGCUAGGUCAAAGAUCCAGGGUCUCGGCCUGUACGCAAAGCGGGAUAUCGACAUGUUCUCGAUGAUCAUCGAAUAUAAGGGAGAGCUGAUCAGGAGCGAGAUCCGCGAAGUGCGCGAGAAACAGUACAACGCAAAGAACAUGGGAGUCUACAUGUUCCGUAUUGAUGAGGAGAUUGUCGUUGAUGCCACGAUGGCCGGAGGGUGUGCCAGAUACAUCAACCACUCGUGUGACCCGAACUGCUCGACGAGGAUCAUCCAGACCGGGACGCAGAGCGAAGACAAGAAGAUUAUUAUCACAGCGAACAGACCGAUUAAGGCUCAAAAAUGGAUGAAU